CACAUAAAGCCGAUAGAAAGUGCGCAAAUCCCUUGGCUAUGGCUCUUGUGCGUUUGCGCGGUCUUCGUUCCGCCCAGUGCAGCACCAACAGCAGCUCCGGCAGUAGCAGCAGAUCUCUUAAGCUCAGCGCGAUCCAGUCACUUGACCCCUUCAGCUGGAAGCGGUUCAACUACCAAAGCUUAAAAGUUGCCAGACAGUGUAGUAAUUCUCUCCGCCAUGGCCCCGGGCUGCGGCCUUUUCGUCUUGUGGAGACCUGACUGAGCUCCAUUCCAUGCCCCGGCCCCUCGGGCUCUUUGUCGUUGCAUUACUGUACGUCUCGUGGAGCUAGAAGUAGAAACCGAGAUGGACAUGGAACUGGACGGGAUGGAGUCUCAACUCUCAAUGCCUGAUGAUAUUACUGCUACGUUCCAUUUGCACUAUCCAAAUUGCUCCCGCUGCCCAUCUAGUUAACGCUCGUUCGUCGUCUUAUUCCGAUUCUUCUUCUCCUCUCUUUAUUCGUCGGUCCUAUUUUUUUGGGCUCUAGCAUUUAUUAUACGCCGUCCUGAGACAAAGCUGGCAAAAGUUGGAUGUGUGCGUUGCUGGCCGGGGCGCACAAUUCCAUCUGUGCUGCUGUACUCGCACGAAACAUCUGUCUAUAUGUUGAUCUCUGUACGUCUCACAACGAUCGAGCCCUUGUCUGAUCUCUCGCACCCCGGUCUCUGCGCAGCUCCAGCGGUGCCGCGCUGCAUUGCGCCACCGCUCUCUCCGGUCCACUACGCUGCUCUGCUCCGGAGUGGACUGCGGUCUAAUCACCUCUUGCUUCUAGCCGCCGGUAGUAAUUCGAGCCCUGAAUGCAGAGCAUUGCACUUUUUCCUCGAGAUCUCAUGGCAUUUCACCCCCCGAGCUGCUUCUGCUGCGCAUGAUUGUGUGGACGUCUGUCUUGUCACCCGAGAGCCAAAUGUUCAUUCCACCCUACAAUCCCUCGCUUAGCAUCCCAUUGCAUUGCUCUCUGCCCAGCCCUUCCCAUUCCAUCCCAUCCCAGACCCACUCCCAUCUCAGCCCAGUGCACUACAGUUGAUGAUUGAGUGAGUGAUUGAGAGAUCGAAUGUGCAAUGUUGGGCUCUGACAUUGUUCUGGUGGGUUGUGUGAAGGGAGUAGUGGCGGAGCAGGAGGAGAUUGAUGGAGUGUUGGGACGUGGGGCUGGCCAGGAGGACUACGGACACCGCGAGCAGCAGGCAGUGGCCUCCACGAGACUCGCUCUCGAUCCUGCCGAUGCCGCCGCCGCUGCCGCUGUUGCAAGCGAGGCCUGGACAUUUGCAAGCUCCGAGCACGACCUCGUGUCCGAUCCGCUCGCUGGCGGCUUCGGCUUCGACAGCGACAUCACACCAAUCAUCGUGAUGAUCACGGUCGGCAUUCUGGAGCUGGUUGUUAUCAAUUUUGUAAUUAUGCAGCCGUCGUGUUCGGCGAAUCAAUUCUUGAUCGAGCUGAGCGCAGCGUGACCAGCUUGUCCCCCCUCCUGGACUGGAAUUGUCUGAGGGGCGGGCGGGGCAAGGAGGCGAUCAAUCGUCCGAGGAAGCCAUGGACCUCGAUGGCUCAUUUCACACAGGGACGACGACGACGACGGGGCCCCAGGACACCACCACCACCAACAACAACAACAACAUCAACAUUGCGCACAACAUCGGCAUCGUCAAUGCCAGAGCUCCGGACCAUGUGUCGCCGAAGAAGUCGUCUGCGGCACCCGGCGCCGCCCUGCAGCGAGAACAGGGCGUCUUCUACGAUAAGCGCGAGAGCGUGCUCUCGAGGCUGAACGCGAUGAAUGCCGCCGGCUCGUCCGGCAGGAAGACCAAGGUUCCAUUCUCGUGGUACGUGCCCAUCCCGCCCUCGGACGAGAGGAUCGAGGCUGGGGGCGACUCCGAGCAGCCGGCGGAGAAGAUCGACAGCAGUCCCGUGUUCAAUCCGCGGAGCUCGCCCGCGCCCUCGGCGGGCAGCAGUGGCUCAGGGGGAGAUGGCGCGAGCAGAGGGGGCGGCCGAGGGGGAGGCCCGGAUUCGAAAGCCCUGCCAGCGGCGACGAGCCCCCAGCAGACGACGACGACGGGGGGCGGGGGCGAGGCGCAGAUGCUGAGGACGCCGCUGAUCUUGCAGCAGCUGCUGCGGGACAAGAACGAGGUGGCGCGCGAGGAGGCCACCGAUCUGGCGCACAAGAUUGUGCAGCUGCUGCCGGUGGAGAAUUGGCGCGACGCGAGGUUGAAGGUGCUGCACAACUUGGGGAAUGGGUUCCGCAACCUGACGAAGGUGGACCUGCUGCGGUCGCUGGACCACUUCAACUCGCCGGGGCUCAACAUCGAGCUCUCGUUCACGGAGCUCGAGGCGGCGCUGCGCCUGCUGCAGGGCAGCACCAACCUGCGCGAGCUGACGCUUGACAAUCUGGCCUUCUUCCGCCCGUGGAUGGCCGUGGUGGGCACGGGCGCCGGCUGCAUCCUGCUGGCCGAGGUGCUGCGCAGCAUCAAGACGCUCGAGGUGCUGUCGGUGGAGAAUGUCCAGAUGCGCGCGGCUGGGCUCGUGCACAUCGCCGCGGCGCUGGCCGCCAAUGGCCCGUCGACUCUGCAGCGCCUGAACCUGAGCCGCAACCCGAUCGGGGACGAGGAGGGCGCCAGGCACGUGGGCGUGAUCCUCACCGCGGCGCGCAACCUGCGCGCGCUCGACCUCAAGUACAUCUCGAUGGACGAGGGCGGCGCCAAGCAGCUGGGCGAGGCCGUGGCGCGGCACCAAGCGCUCGAGGAGCUGUGCGUGAGCCUGGAGCAGCGAAGGCGCGCGGACGAGGCCGCAGCCUUCCCGUGGGGCGUGGCGGGCCUAGGGUCCGAGGGCGCGCUCAAGCCCGGCUCGCUCGACCGAUUCCUCACCGCCGCCUUCACGGGGCUGCACCCGAACACGUCGGUGCAGAAGCUGGUGGGCGUCUAUGGCGGCGGGACGAGCACUCUCGGGGUGCUGCCGCAGAUGCUGCGCGACAACUCGUCGCUGCGCGAGCUGCAGCUGCUGAACCCGGACUCUCUGGUGUUCCGCGUGCCUAGCGACGACUGGAAGGAUCUGUUCUCGUCGCUGCAGGUGAACACGAGCCUGCAGAGCUUGAAGCUCACGAAUGUGUACUUCCUGUACUCGACCAAGCUCUACUUCAACUACGCGGUGGUGCAGAUGGAGGACCGCGUGAAGAAGGGCGUCGGGCUCGACAUCGAUGCCUUCUCGCAGCUGGUGGACCUGCUGAAGACGCGCACCUCGCUCACGCGCUUCCACCUCGAGUGCACGGGCUACAGCUGGACGGCGGCCUGGCCGACCUUCUACCGCGCGCUCAAGCGCAACUCGACGCUCAAGGCGCUGACGCUCUAUGGCGACGUCGUGCCGCUGGAGGCCGGGAGCGCGGUGCUGGAGUGGAUCCAGGCCAGCACGCCGCUGGAGGAGCUCGACUUCGGGGACACCUCGCAAUGGCGCUCGCGCGAUGAGCUGAGGUUCUGGUGGAAGGACUUCUUCCGGUCGCUGCGCGACAACACGAGCCUCAAGCGCCUGCGCCUCGGGUCCGACUGCUUCUGGGACGACGAGGCGUUCCGCGAGCUGAUGGCCGUGCUGCAGGUGAACUCCACGCUGCAGGAGAUUGAAUUCUCGGGGCGCGAGCCCGAGGGCAAGGCCGCGCUGGUGCGCGAGGCGCUCCGGCGCAAGUCCCGCCAGGAGACGUACCUGGCCGAGCUCCGCAAGGGCCUGGCGCGCACGACCUGGACCUACCCCAAAUGCGGCCGCGUCUUCCUCUGCGGCUUCCCCGAGGCAGGGAAGACGAGGCUGGGGCACUGCAUGCUGCAGGUGACUCAGGAGAAGUCGAUGGUGCAGAAGCUGAAGGACAAGUUCAUGCCCCGGACGCAGGGCAUCGACAUCCACGUGCUGCGCAACGACCGCGCCAUGCAGGUCUCGAUCUGGGACCUGGCGGGGCAGGACAUCUUCCGAGCGCUGCAGGAGUACCUGUUCCCGAAGCUGAAUCGCGCCUGCGUCUUCCUCUUCGUCUUCUCGCUCUUCAACCGCAAGAGCAAGACCGUGAAGCCGCAGCUCGAGGAGGCGUUCCGGCAGGAGUUUCUGUCGUGGCUGCGCUUUAUCACCUCCAACUCCGAGGUGACGGGGCUGAACCUGCCCCGCGUGGUGGUCGUGCUCACUCAUAAGGACAAGGUCCGCGGAGCCGAGCCCAAAUGGGCCGAGCGCAUCCUCUUCAAGCUGCGCAAGGAAUUCGAGGACGUGGUGCACAUCUCGCCCAUCCUCUUCUACAUCAAUGGCCGGCGCAAGGAAGACGCGCAGCCCAUCGUCGACCACGUCUACCGGAGCUUCCAGGAGCUCUUCAAAGAGAAGCUCUUCCGAGUGCCCGACGCCUGCUGCCAGAUGAGCAAUUUCCUCGUCAAUUGGGCCUCCUCCAACAAGCUGCAGCCGAUCGUUACCUUUCAGAAAUUCGCCACGCUGUGCGAGGAGGCGCACUCGGAUCUGCGGAACCUGAGGCAUUAUCUGCAGGAGGAGGAGAGGGAGCGCGUGCUGCGAGCUGUGGCCUCGUACCUGCACGACGUGGGCACGGUGAUCCACUUCCCCAAGAGCAAUCUCAUGGUGGUCAAUCCCAACUGGCUGACCAAUGUGUUCCUGGGCCGGCUGAUCAGCAUCGGGCAGAAUUUCGAGCAGCCUCCCGGCAGGAGGAUCGCCAGCUCGAAGCACGGGUUUCUGAUCCGGGAGGACUUCGAGAAGCUCCUGCAGGAGGACUUUCUGAGCCCGCUCGAGAAGGAAGGGUACACGGGGCUCGACCUGCAGACGCUGCAGGACCUGAUGGAGAACCUCGACCUGUGCUACCAAGUGUCGUCGGGCGACGACAGCUCCUUCUUCGUUCCGACCAUCUUCAAAACGCAGGCCGAGCACCAGCUCCGCUGGCUGCGCACCAAGCCCGUACAGGACGUCUCGUACCUCGGCCUCCGAGUGCGCUGCAAAGAUCGCCAGCGCACCGCCCUGACCACCGCAUUCUUCUCCAGGUUCCAGGUGACGCUGAGGAGGACGCUGAUGCAGCGGCUGGCGCUGAGCGAGCAGCAGUUCAUGUGCGAGUACAACCUGAUAUCGCUGCUGGUGGACGGGCACGACAUUCUGGUGGAGAACGACGAGGAGGGCGACCACAUGGACGUGCUGGUGCGCUCGAUCAAGUCGCGGCACAACUCGUGGGAGUUCGUGUCGAAGAAGAUCGUCGAGGAGCUGCGCGACUUCUGCGCCUCGCCGCGCGGCUCGCCGGGCCUCGAGCUCGUGGUGGACAUCCUGCGGACGGAUUGCGCCCGGGGGCUGGUGUCGUCGGCGCACCGCCGGCACGACCAGGCCGUGGCGCGGUCCGAGCUCAAGGACAAGCUCAAGCAGUCGAUCGACAAGCCGGUGGACAUUCUCCGGGUGGGCGACCUGUACGCCCACACCUGGCCCGCCGUCCCGGACGCGGGACUGCAGAUCGCCUCGGAGUGGGCCGUGGACCUGCUCCCGCCGCAGGACAUCGUCGAGGUGCGCGAGUGGGUGCAGAAGGAGACGAAGGCCAUCACCGAGCGCAUGGUCAAGGUGGCGGAGGUGCUCGAGGAGAUCACCGGCGUCCCAAAGAACCGGGCCCAGGCCAAACUGGAGCGCAGCAAGACGGACCUGGGCCUGGGGCCGGACCGCUCCAAGGGCGCGUCCCUCCAGCCGGAGGCGGGCGACGCGCCGGCCAAGAAGCUCACGACGUUCGACGAGCUACGCGCCGAGAUCAAGGAGCUCAAGUCCAUCCAGCAGAGCCUGCGCGAAACGCUGACGGCCAUCAGCCUGGGGCUCGACGGCACCGUCGGCGUGCCGGAGUCGUACCUGCUGUCGGAGCUGCCCCGCCGGCCCUUCUUCAUCGCCGGAGAUCUCUGCCACCGGAUCAGCGGGUUGGUGAUGGUCGGCAAGCCCAUGAAGCUGCACCUGAUGUGCGAGGAGCGAACGGCGAACCACAUGGUGCCCAACCAGCCGGGAUUCCAGCUGACGGUGGCCGGCGACAAUCAGGCCUGGCUCCGGCUCAUCGCCGUCAACGCCGUCAAGGCCAUCUGGUACUUUCUCAAGGCCGGGAUCCAGGUGACCAGCGCCGGCGGAGUGGUGCCGGAGCUGCAAACCGCCGACGGGCCCUACAUUCCUCUGGCUAUGAUGUCGAUGGCCGGCGUUCUCGACACGCUGCAGAUCGACCAGAAAGCCUCCACAGUCACCGGCGACUCCGUUCUCGACAGCCUUCUGGCCGACGACAAAGGCCGGUCGUGCUCGCCGGCCGACGCCUGGGACUGCCUGGAGGACUUUCUUAGCUCGGAGCUGCCCGACCAGCUGACCGAGUUCUUCCUCCUGUACCGCGCGCGCUACCACAAGGCCAAGGACCAGAAGUCCGCCCACGCCUGGCUCUGCGAGGAGUGCCUCAACAAAGGCAUUCUGGAGCGACGACUCGAGCGCGCGUGACAUCGCUUCUCGACCAUUUCCGGGUGCUCUGCUCUGCCGCCCCUCCCGCCGAUCGCGUGGGGACGGAUCGGUCUCUGGCCUGAGAGCUCCGAUCCGAGCUCGGGCUCUGCCAUGAACCGAGCGAGAGUCGUCGCCGGUGGGAUUCAUCCGCAGGGAGCGCGAGGUGCAGAUUAUCCCUCGUAUGCAAGACAGAUGGUGCAGCUUUGGAGUGCAUGGGAUUGAUUAACGCACAUGACAGUCGAUCGAUCGGUCGGUCGAGCUGAAUGACCGACUGAUUCGAUCGAUCCAGUCCUGCUCUUGCCCCUCCGUCCCGUCCCAUGGCUGAGCGAGCGAGCGAUGCCAACCCUGCGAACACGACGGCACCAACCCCCGGCUCCAGCGUAUGGCUCGAAAGCUGGAGAUGUCUCUUGAGUGAGUAUCAUGGCAUGAGGAAGGGGCGUGUACGUACCACACGCCCCCAUCAUAACAAAUCAUUCGACCAAUCGAUCCGUCGGAUCAGGUUUUACAUCAGAGAAUCUCUUUUCGAGCCCACUUCACCCUCUACUUCGAGGAGUGGAACCCACUCUCGGGCAUAAGUGUGCCCUGUCUAUUGAACCCUUCUGCCUGCCAAGACGAUACUCUACGAUACUGCAACAGAUUCUCUACAAAACUGGAGGAAUUUUCUCGCAGAAGCUUCGUACGAAGGUAUUCCUAGUUUCAGAAAGAGAGCGAGGCCAGUUCCCCUGACUAUUGUUACCAUGUGCGCACUAUCGUACGAUUCAUUUCACCUCAUUAUGUAGCAACAGUGCCUAGAAACGCUUUUUGCAUGAGCUAGUGAGCAGCAAUCAGAGAUGCUGGCUGCAACAGCCCCCUUGAGACACCAUCAUCAUCUGAUCAUGGUUCAUAGAAAACUGCCUAAAUUCGUUUGCGUUCCCUGCCCCAUUGGGUUUGUACACUAGUUUAAUGUUCUCCAUCACAUGGACGCAAGUACGAACCGAGUAGAUGCAGUAAUUACUUAUCAUGAAUACGCAUUCUCUUCAAGUCAUGCCAUACAUUUUCAACAAGAAAAGUAUUUCAACGAUUAUUACUCCUGCACAUUGAAAGUGUUAAGUAAUGAAGAGCCACCGUUUAUGUGUAUUAGCUGCCCAGGACUGAACAGGACUAGAGUAAAUGUAGUUUUAUUAUCUAGAAGGAUCUAUCCUCCUGACAGUACAUCAUCCGCAACAUUUAAUGUUGUGGAGAUUCAAAAUUAUGUGAUUUUCUUCAACUGAUAGACCCAGUUCUAUGAAAGACUUAUGGCCGAAGAGAAGAGGACG